AUAGUUCAAACAGUGGAAUCUCUGAGCAAAGUUCUUUAUCUUCAUCACACUCAUCUGGUUGGAACAGAUUAAUCAAUGAAUGGGAAAAUUUGUUACUUCAGGAUGAUGAAGCAGAAUUAUUUUCUACAAUUGAUAAUGAUGAAUUUGAAAUGGAUGAUUUAUUUAUUAUUGGAUCAAACACAUCCUGCAUUAGACAACACAGCAAA